ACAGUGAGUGACUCCUUCAGAUACAAAGCAGCGUGCUGGAGGGCUCGUGCGGUAGUGUUUUUAUAGGACUCACAGGGUAAAGACACAAGUCAAAUUCAGAAGACCUUGCUGUGACCAAAGCAAAGUUGCCGCUCAACAGGAAAGGCAUUAGUGUAUUUUUCAUCGAGAAGACGCUGAUUUUGCAGACACAGUAAUGAACGCUGCAAAAGUCAUGCCAGUGGACCUGGCCAUGCAUAUGUGCCUGAAUCACCAUCCUCCAGUUGGACGACUUUUGGGAAUGUCCGCACUUGGAUCCCAUCGUGCUCUUACUAGACCUAGCACAUGUGAGUCUCAGCGACCCAGAGCUGCUAGAUCCCCCCAGGUUCCUGCCUCUCCCAUGAGCACCCUAAGUUGUACGAGCUCUUGUGGGAUACUCAAGAAGAAAAAACGAGUGGUAUUCGCAGAUGCUAAAGGAUUGGCCCUUACUGCAGUGCGAAUCUUCAAUUCAGAUCCCCCAAUAUCCGAUGUGGAGGAGCUUUCACCACCUGUAAACCUGAAGGUUCAGUCAUCUGUGCAAAGAAAGAAGCCGCAUCUCCGGUUGGGGUUCCCUCAGCCUUCCGCUGAUUUACCGUCAUACCUUGAGAGUCUGGCAACAUCUCUGGUGCGUCUGGAAAGCUGCAGCUUGAUCUAUGGAUCACUGUUCGGAAAAGUGAGGGUCUGCAACAUCAGUUCUGAGAAAGCCGUGCAUGUUCGCAUCACGUACGACUCAUGGAGAAGCCACCAGGACAUCCCAUGUACCCCUAUCCAACAGAAGUCUGGGAGCCUGGAGACAGAACUGUUUGUCUUUAAUGUUCCUGUGCCUUCCUAUCCAAAUGUUCAGGAUCGUCUGGAGUUCUGUGUGUCCUUCCGUCCUGGACCUGGCAACACACUUCUUUGGGACAGCAAUGGUGGACGAAACUAUCGAAUCCUUGUGGAGGACUUGAACUCAGAAGAAGCAUACUCAGCUGAGAAAAAACCCUUGAUGCCCCAGAACUCUCAAAGUCCCCAAUCACUGGCCCUGAGAAAUGGUCCAGCUUUGUAUAAGUCAGCAAGUUUUAGCUCAGUCACUUUCUCUGAGAAUAUGAGCAAACCCUUGAAUAGGCAAGAGAACAGUAUUCUGAAAAGUAUUUUGCCCCCUAAUUCUAACAGUGCUAAAAAAUUACACUAGCAUGGGUGGUGGGGUUUUUGUAUAUUGGUCUCUUCUAAUUUUCAUCAUCCUCCGUGUUUGAUGAAUUUUGCUUACAGUACAGAAAAGAAAAAAACAGGCAGACAGCCAUGUUUGUGCUAGUUAUCUCCACUUGAAUAUACCUGUGUGAGUCAGGAGUGACCCAGUGGUGAGGUAGUGAGACAGAUUUAUCUGUCUUGAGCACUGUAGACCUGGAUAUCAGAUGAGUAAUCAGCACUUUUUCAAAGUCAGCCUAUUUCAAGCUGUGAAGGUCUUUCUGUGAGGUAGUUGUACUGAGACUUAAUGUAGCUGUACCUGUGAAAUGAUUCCUGUAAUAUUUGUAAUAUAACUGUUUGAAUGUUUUAUAUGUAUAUUCAUUGAUAAAAAAUUUUUAAAAUGUUAAAUAAACAUAUGUUCAGAUACAAA